AUGGCGUCGAGAAAAAAAGCGGACGAAGAAAAACUGAAAAAGCGGCGCCUGGCGAGGUUUCGCUUCAAACGCCUAGUGCACGUGGUGAUCUGCAAUCACUUCUGGAUCGCGGAAAUCGAAGACCGGGAUAUCGGAAACAAUGUCCACCGAAACGUCGCCGUCAUCGACCGCCGGCUCACGCACAAGGGCACGCUCACGAUCAUUGAGAAGAAGAUCCUGAACAGUCCACCCGAGGAGCGCACGUUGUCGCAACGACGCGUUCUAACGGUGGUCCUGCGGAAGAUCGAAUGCCUACAGCAGCUGUCCGAGGACCAGCUGGUCGAUCUGGCCGGUUGUGCUACCUUCCAGUACUUCGAAUCAGGCCGGGUCAUCAUCAAGGAAGGCCACCACCCACAUGCGGUUUACUUUCUCGCCAACGGCGAGAUCGUCGUCAGCCGGCUGCAAUGGGAUAGCAUCUACCAAACGUACAACGACGUACCAUGUGGCACGAGGACACGCGGGCAAAUGUUUGGUGAAAUUGCGCUUCUGCACGACUGCACGCGGACAGCAACCUGCACCACCGCAACCGAUUGCGAGCUACUGUGCCUUGCCCGGGCAGAUUUCGAACGCAUCCUUCAACGGACGCUCCUAGACCACUGGCGGCAGGUGCAACGAGCGCUGGAGCGGUUUGAUUACUUUAAAUAUUGGACGAACGAUCAGGUCCGGGAGUGUUGCAUCCUGAGCCAUAUUGUAGCGUUUGAGCCCCAGCAGAAGCUGCCAGUCGACGUCGACGAACGCUACACGUACUUCGUCCUGAGCGGCCAAUGCAUGAUACUGCAGUGUCUCACAGUAACGAAGGUGCGUGGCGGCUACCGGUUGCUUCCGUUGCCGGAACCUAACGAAGCGUCCCCCGUUAAGCAAACUUCAAACGAGGAUGCUUCGGGGACGAGCUCUCCCAGCAUGGGGUCGCGUAUAAAGGUGCCUCAGGAAGCGGAAGUGCAUCCAGAGCAUCGCUUCAUCGACGUCGGCACGUUCAGCUGCGGAUCCGUGUUCGGGUUGGGUGAAGCAAUGCCUCACCGAACCGUUGUCGCACGCAACCGGGUGCAGUGUUUGGUGAUACCGCGUGGGUGGCUGUUCGAGAAGAACCAGAACGUGGGCAACACCUGGCAGCGUAUCCGGAUAAGACUCGACACGGCCAUCCAGCGGGAUCGGCUGUUCGAGGUGUUCGUAAGCGAUCAGCAAUGGCAGUGCUUCCGGAAGGCGCUGGUGCGCGAUUUUGUACGACUCAAUCCACGCCUUAACCCGACCCAGCUGGCGGACGUGCCGAUCAUGUGUCGUGUGGAGCAGCAGGAGCUCUAA